AAGAACGUUUAAAAUUUUAACGUUAUAUUUUAAUGUAAAAGAAAAAAAGAAAGACAGUCAAAGAAUCGUAAGAACAUGUUUGACGUCAUAUGAAAUGAUGAUGAAAUAAAAACAGGCAGAGAAAAGAAACCACUUUGCGGAAGACUUUUAAGUGAGAAAAAUAAAUAAAAAGUCGAUAACACAAUAACAAAACGAAACCUAAUUAACAGCAACAGCGUCCUCAUCACACAUAAAAGAGUGGAGGGUUAGAGAAAUCGUCAAGUGUAGGAUAAACAUUUUAUUUACAGUUGUGAACUAGAUCGCAAAGUUUGCUUAAAGGAUGCGGUGAUUGCGUAAAUAAAAAAAAAAAAAAGGAAACAAAAAAAGAAAAACAAAAAAUAGUGAAUGGCUUGAAGUGCUUUGAAUUUUUACGAUUUUUGAAUACAUGAAUAAGAAAGCGCAGCAGAAAAAAAAAAUUUCUCGUUUCUUGUGUUCUCUUUUCGGUUUUUUUUUUUUUUUUGUUUCUUUUUCCACAUAACAGUGCCUUUCUUUGUUUCUUCCGAAUAAACAAAUAAGUUAUAAUAUUUUUAAAAACAUUUCUUUAUUAACCUAAGCCUAACUAAUAAUCAAACCUUCGCGUAACCUGCUAUUCAUUACUUAACCGAAUACCUUUUCGAUAACAGCAUGAAGCUAAUUGGAUUAUUAUUAAAUUUGGCUACUACAGCCUUCGUUGCGGGCAGUAGCAGUCACCAUGAAAAUGGAAAUGAGACUGAUGGCUUAAGACUAAUACCCUCCGAUCAUACAGUGGUACGUUAUACCAAUGAAUCGCUUAUUGUGUUAUGUCGCAAUACUUUGGCGGACACGAAAGUCCAUUGGAAAUCGCCAAAAGGUGAUAUUAUCAAAGAACACAAAGGACGGAUACACAUUGAAGCUAGUCCGACAUCAGACGAUGUAAAAUUAGUGUUUAUGCACAUUUCGUUAGCGGACAAAGGCGACUGGUCGUGCGAGCAUGCCGGGGGUGGCGACAAAGCCUCUAAGCCGUUCAAUUUAAUAGUCUAUCAGAAAAUUACCUUCACUGAGAACACCACCAUACUAACGGUAAAAGAAGGCACCAAUGCUACGAUUUUGUGUGAAGUGAAGGGCGAACCACAACCAAAUGUAACCUGGCAUUAUAACGGCCAACCAAUUACAUUAGAAACAAAUUCAACGAAAUUCCGGAUUUUAGCUGAUGGAUUGCUCAUCAAUUCGGUUACACAAAAUGAUACCGGCGAGUAUACGUGUCGUGCUUAUCAAGUCAAUCCUAUUGCAUCAGAUAUGCAAGAGCGCACCGUACUGUUAAAAAUCGAACAUAAACCCAUUUGGACUUAUAUGAAUGUAGUGAAGGAGAGAUACACUUUCAUCAAUGGCACGACCACUUUAAAGUGCGAAGCAAUUGCUGAGCCGCCGGCCAAUUUCAGUUGGUAUCGUAGCAAAAAGCAAAUACAUAAUGACAAGCACUAUAGAAUUGAGAGUGGAAAUUACGUAUCGACAUUGCAUAUUAGAGUCGAUAAUGAAGAUGUUUUCAACGUUUACAAAUGCAAAGUUAAAAAUCAUUUGGGCAGCAUCGAACGUGCUUUGAUUUUGAAAAGAGGUGAAAAGCCACCGACACCGAAGGACAUGCAAUUACGGGGCUACAAUUCCAAUACCUUUGACAUUGUGGUUAAUCAUCCACGCUCUAGUGAUGUAGCCGAUCCUUUAAUGAAAGUUACCGGCUAUCGUAUUGAGUAUAUGACUGAAUUGGAAUUCAAAAAGGAUUUGGGUAAAUGGACAAAUGCCAAACGUAAAGAAUUCGCCUACGAAGAGGGCGCCACUUUUCUCAUCAGCAAUCUGGAAGCCAACACUUCAUAUUUGGUGCGUGCUGCUUCUCGUAAUUUGGCCGGCUAUAGUGAUUGGACAAAAGUUGAAAAAUUCCAUACACUAUCACUUACCCCUGCUAAUGCUAACUCAGCCACCUCGCUAACGUCGUUCUACACUGCCAAGCAUUGGUUGUUGGGCUUUGCUGUAAUGUCUUUGCAUUUUAGCAAGAAUUUAGCGUUCGGUUGCAGAGCACAGCAAAAGCAGCAGCUGCUGCUGCAACUUGUCACCGGAAGUUGUACAAGUUUGUCACUUUAAAUGAGGGUCUUUUGUGGAAACACUUUCGAAACCGUUUUAGUUCAAGUGUUUGCUUUUAAUUUUGUCAGAAGUGUUGUUUUUUUUUUUUUUUUGUUUCUUCUUUUCUCGUUCACAACUUUCUAUACAUCUUUACCUCCCCUCUCGCAGUUUCUUUUGCAACUUUGUACACAGUUUUUUAUUUUUUUUUAAGUUUAAUCUCUAAGCAUAGCCAGGAUUUAAUGAAAAUAAUUGAUGGCUACGUAAUG